AUGAGUUCCCAAUUGGGCUCUUCAUUGACCCGAGAAAGCCUUCCCACACACACUGGGAAGGCACACAAUGGGAAGGAACUCAAUGGGAAGGAACACAGUGGGAAGGAACACAAUGGGAAGGAACUCAAUGGGAAGGAACACAGCGGGAAGGAACACAGUGGGAAGGAACACACUGGGAAGGAACACAGUGGGAAGGAACACAAUGGGAAGGAACUCAAUGGGAAGGAACACCGUGGGAAGGAACACAAUGGGAAGGAACACAGCGGGAAGGAACACAGUGGGAAGGAACACACUGGGAAGGCACGCAAUGGGAAGGAACACAGUGGGAAGGAACACAGUGGGAAGGAACACAGUGGGAAGGAACACAGUGGGAAGGAACACAAUGGGAAGGAACACAAUGGGAAGGAACACAGUGGGAAGGAACACAGUGGGAAGGAACACAGUGGGAAGGAACUCAAUGGGAAGGAACACAGUGGGAAGGGACACAAUGGGAAGGAACACAGUGGGAAGGAACACAAUGGGAAGGAACACAAUGGGAAGGAACACAGUGGGAAGGAACACAGUGGGAAGGAACUCAAUGGGAAGGAACACAGUGGGAAGGAACACAGUGGGAAGGAACACAGUGGGAAGGAACUCAAUGGGAAGGAACACAGUGGGAAGGCACACAAUGGGAAGGAACACAGUGGGAAGGAACACAAUGGGAAGGAACACCGUGGGAAGGAACUCAAUGGGAAGGAACACAAUGGGAAGGAACACAGUGGGAAGGAACACAGUGGGAAGGAACUCAAUAGGAAGGAACACAGUGGGAAGGAACUCAAUAGGAAGGAACACAAUGGGAAGGAACACAGUGGGAAGGAACACAAUGGGAAGGAACACAGUGGGAAGGAACACAGUGGGAAGGAACUCAAUAGGAAGGAACACAAUGGGAAGGAACACAGUGGGAAGGAACUCAAUAGGAAGGAACACAAUGGGAAGGAACACAGUGGGAAAGAACACAAUGGGAAGGUACGCAAUGGGAAGGAACACAGGGGGAAGGAACUCAAUGGGAAGGAACACAAUGAGAAGGAACACAAUGGGAAGGAACACAGUGGGAAGGAACACAGUGGGAAGGAACACAGUGGGAAGGAACACAGUGGGAAGGAACACAAUGGGAAGGUACGCAAUGGGAAGGAACACAAUGGGAAGGAACACAGUGGGAAAGAACACAAUGGGAAGGUACGCAAUGGGAAGGAACACAGGGGGAAGGAACACAGUGGGAAGGUACGCAAUGGGAAGGAACACAGGGGGAAGGAACACAGUGGGAAGGAACACAGUGGGAAGGAACACAAUGGGAAGGAACACAAUGGGAAGGAACACAAUGGGAAGGAACACAGUGGGAAGGAACACAAUGGGAAGGAACUCAAUGGGAAGGAACACAAUGGGAAGGAACACAGUGGGAAGGAACUCAAUUGGAAGGAACACAAUGGGAAGGAACUCAAUGGGAAGGAACACAAUGGGAAGGAACUCAAUGGGAAGGAACACAAUGGGAAGGAACUCAAUGGGAAGGAACACAGUGGGAAGGAACACAAUGAGAAGGAACACAGUGGGAAGGAACACAGUGGGAAGGAACACAGUGGGAAGGAACUCAAUGGGAAGGAACACAAUGGGAAGGAACACAAUGGGAAGGAACUCAAUGGGAAGGAACACAAUGGGAAGGAACACAGUGGGCAGGAACACAGUGGGAAGGAACACAGUAGGAAGGAACACAGUGGGAAGGAACUCAAUGGGAAGGAACACAAUGGGAAGGAACACAAUGGGAAGGAACACAGUGGGCAGGAACACAGUGGGAAGGAACUCAAUGGGAAGGAACACAGUGGGCAGGAACACAGUGGGAAGGAACACAGGGGGAAGGAACACAGUGGGAAGGAACACAAUGGGAAGGAACACAGUGGGAAGGAACACAGUAGGAAGGAACACAGUGGGAAGGAACACAGUGGGAAGGAACACAGUGGGAAGGAACACAGUAGGAAGGAACACAAUGGGAAGGAACACAGUGGGAAGGAACACAGUGGGAAGGAACACAGUAGGAAGGAACACAGUGGGAAGGAACACAGGGGGAAGGAACACAGUGGGAAGGAACACAGUGGGAAGGAACACAGUGGGAAGGAACACAGUCGGAAGGAACACAGUGGGAAGGAACACAGUGGGAAGGAACACAGUGGGAAGGAACACAGUGGGAAGGAACACAGUGGGAAUACACACAAUGGGAAGGAACACAAUGGGAAGGAACACAGUGGGAAGGAACACAGUGGGAAGGAACACAGUGGGAAGACACACAAUGGGAAGGAACACAGUCGGAAGGAACACAGUGGGAAGGAACACAGUGGGAAGGAACUCAAUGGGAAGGAACACAGUGGGAAGGAACUCAAUGGGAAGGAACACAGUGGGAAGGAACACAGUGGGAAGGAACACAGUGGGAAGGAACACAGUGGGAAGGAACUCAAUGGGAAGGAACACAGUGGGAAGGAACACAGUGGGAAGACACACAAUGGGAAGGAACACAAUGGGAAGGAACACAGCGGGAAGGAACACAGUGGGAAGGAACACAGUGGGAAGGAACUCAAUGGGAAGGAACACAGUGAGAAGGCACACAGUGGGAAGGAACUCAAUGGGAAGGAACACAGUGGGAAGGAACUCAAUGGGAAGGAACACAGUGGGAAGGAACACAGUGGGAAGGAACUCAAUGGGAAGGAACACAGUGGGAAGAAACUCAAUGGAAAGGAACACAGUGGGAAGGAACACAGUGGGAAGGAACACAGUGGGAAGGAACACAGUGGGAAGGAACACAGUGGGAAGGAACACAGUGGGAAGGAACACAGUGGGAAGGAACACAGUGGGAAGGAACACAGAGGGAAGGAACACAGUGAGAAGGAACACAGAGGGAAGGAACACAGUGGGAAGGAACACAAUGGGAAGGAACACAAUGGGAAGGAACACAGUGGGAAGACACAAAAUGGGAAGUAA